AUGCCGACCCUCGAACAAUUCGUCGCCACCGGCUUGACACCAGUGACCGAGCAAUCUGCUUCGUGUGCCAUAUGUCUCGAAGAUCCAUGCGUAGAUCCAGUCACCAUAGCAUGCAAUCACAUCUUCUGCCACGAUUGCAUCCUCACCUACAGCAACGCUCCAACAGGUAACAAAUGUCCUCUCUGCCGCACAAUUCUCUUCACCUUGCCCACCCCAGCCCCCAACCCCCAAAUCGCCGAGCGCUCCGCUCUAGCUCGCGCACUCGCACCAACCUACGAAAACAGUCCCCCAGCCAAUACUACUGACAGCGACAGCACUACAGGCAGCGAAGCAGAAGAAGAAAACAUCUACGACACCGCCCACAAUUUCUUCGAAAAUCUCUCUCAUCGCGACGGCCACGGAAAUGUCCGCAUGCAAGUCCCCGACACCACCACCACUACUACCAACCCCUUUGGCCCUCCUUCUCCAUCAACAACAGCGAGCAUCACCACCACCCCCAUCAUCAUCACCGGCCCCGGCCGCUGGCCCUCCUCCCCAAAUCUGCUCUGCAACCGCGUCAAAGCCCUCGGCUACCUCGUGCGAGCGCGACAACAAAUUACUCCCGGACAAGGAUUUUCGGCGCGCCUAGUUUCGGAUUGGGAAGAAGUUUUGUCGGAUUUAGAUAAAAUUCUUCGAAAGUUGUGCGAGAAGAAGAAGAGCAGAAAAGUGAGAAAAGUGAGUCGUUUGGGGAAGAAAUUGAUGAGGGCGUUGAAGCGGGAGUGGAGGAAGAGACAUGGGCGGUAUGCGGUGUGGAAUGCGUUCUUGACGCAGGGGCGGAUGCAUUGUGUGCAGGUGUUGUUGGAGUUUGUGGAGUAUUUGGUUUGGAUGGAGGGGAGGCGGAUGGAGAGGGAAUGGGAGAGAGAGGGUUCUACUCGUUGUCAUUUUAUGUGA